AUGUCUGUGACAGUCCGAGGUUCCAUUGAUGGCGGCCUAGCCGAUUAUAAAUCAAUGGCCCAGCGGACAUAUGAGCGGGACGGAGGAAGCAUAAUUGGCCCUCGCGCAAACAGGAUAUCGGACAGGUCUGGCGAUGCCAACUCUUCGUUAAUGAAGGGCAUCUCGGAUGGCCCAGCUAAUGUUAAUGGCUCAUCAAAUGGCGUCAGCCCCGCGGACGAUAUGCCAUAUUCUGCCAAGGCGCAAAUAGGAUAUCGGAAGUGCCUGGCGGACCCAUCAUUGGGACGUCAUCAGAACCCUGGGUCGGCCUACCAGGUCACACAUUUUGGGCCCACUCAUCUCUAUGGACCUCACACCUCAGCCCAGCCGCCAGUGUCGGUGAUUUCUGCACUGUGGGCCCACCCGCUCCCACCCACCCAUGGGCCCACCUUGGAUGGCCCGGUUACCUGGGCAGAAUCUCAACCUUUGGCUGUCCGACUAAGUCGGAAAAUGUUACUGAAUGGGCUCUCAGGAUGUGCGCCCGACCGCUUAUGCCAGCACCGUUGUUCCCCCUCCAGGACUCACCAGCCCGCUGCUAUCGAUGUCAACUUGUUCCCAAUCUUCCGCCCUCAGUCAAACGGCCCGCCUAGUGGUGACAAUCUUCAUUUGCCGCCCUCUGUACCUGCUCCCGCUUCUAGAUCAUUACCUGGUCCGUUCUGA